AGCUAUUCUUCUGCACGUAGACGGAACGUGACCAGACCAUCUUAACCACAGCAGACUAGCUCGGUGAUUUUGUUAGUUUCAGAACCGUUUUGGUUCCCCUAAUCGUCACACGAAUUAAUAUCUUGUAUCAAAUAAAUUCGGUAUUAUCUACAUUAAAGAAAGAUGAAGACUAAGUUCAUCAACGGGGUGUCCUCAUCCCCUUCCAUGUCCCUGGGUUUAUUGGUGACCGAGAACGAGCUUCAGGUCCAGCCUGAUACCGAGCCCGACUGCAAAGCUUUUCGAGCAGAUGAGCCCGACCAUGAGACCAAGCACAAGGCGUAUCUGUGGUGCAAAGAAUUUCUUCACGGAGCCUGGAAGUAUAUUGAGGAGGAGGAUUUUCAGAUAACUGCAAUCAGAGGGGGUCUCAGCAACAAGCUAUUCCUCUGCGCAUUACCCGAGGACCAGCAGAGCAAUGGGGACGAACCAAGGAACGUGCUGCUUCGCCUGUAUGGAGCCAUACUGCAGAUGUCCUGUAAUAAAGGAGACUCUGGACAGUCAAACACAGAAAAUCAUUUUCAGGGAGCUGAAGCUAUGGUCUUGGAAAGUGUGAUGUUUGCCAUACUGGCAGAGAGGCAGCUUGGGCCUAAGCUCUAUGGUAUCUUUCCCCAGGGGAGACUGGAACAGUAUGUGCCGAGCCGCAAGCUUACCACAGAAGAACUGGGAAAUCCAAGUUUAUCUGCUGAGAUUGCAGAGAAAAUCGCUAAGUUCCACAAGAUGAGGAUGCCUUUUAACAAAGAGCCAAAAUGGCUGUUUGGCACCAUGGAAAAAUACAUGAAUCAAGUGCAAAGGCUGACCUUCACCAGAGAGAUCCUCCACCAUAAAUUCAACCGUCUUAUGAGCUACAACCUGCCUCAAGAGAUGGAGAACCUCAGGUGUCUCCUGGAAUCCACCCAGUCUCCUGUUGUUUUCUGCCACAAUGAUUUACAAGAAGGAAACAUCCUUCUUCUAAGUGUCAAGGAGAACAUAGAAAAGCAGAAGCUUAUGCUGAUUGACUUUGAGUACAGCAGCUACAACUACAGAGGAUUUGAUAUAGGGAACUUCUUCUGUGAAUGGAUGUACGACUACAACUGUGACACACCUCCGUUUUUCAAAACCAAUACCAAGAAUUAUCCAAACAAAGCUCAGCAGAUGCAAUUCUUUAAAAGCUACCUGUCUGAAUAUGACCCUGAAGUGUUAAACUUUAGUGAGGAACUCCAGCUAAAAAUCAAAGAGGACAUGUUGGUGGAGGUUAACAGGUUCGCCCUUGCGUCACACUUCUUCUGGGGCCUGUGGUCCAUAAUUCAGGCGAGACUUUCCACCAUCGAGUUUGGCUACCUGGACUAUGCCACAGCCAGAUUUGACGCAUACUUUGAGCUCAAAAAGGAGCUAGGAGUUUAAAUGCUGUGUUAUUACACAAGGGACUGGUGCUGCAUAUGCAGUAGUGUACCAUGCUACUUCUCAGAGUUUAUCUCGGUGUUUCAGCUCCAAAAGCUCAACACAUUUUCAUGAUGCUUAAAGCUUCUGGGCAGCUUAAAAAAAACAAAAGGAAAAUGCAUACAUGUAAAAUUACCAUUACAGAUUCAUGGGUUGGCUUUAAAAAAAAUUCUUGAAUACAUUGCUGCACUAACAUUUAGAAGCUAGAUUCCACCUGAUUUGGUGGAUGCACUUGACCCAAAGAGCCAUGUGUAUCUGCUUUUAUUAUGGCAAGCAAUCUCUGCUGCAUUAUCUUUUCAACCUGUGCUAGGAAAUGUGAAAAUGAGGUUCACAACUGUGGACCUUGAUCUAUAGAGCAGUACAACAGACCAAAUGCAUUUGGCACUGUAGAUUUCCAAUGCUGUGAGACAUGCACAUACAUGCAUUCAACUUUUUGUUAGUGAAGCCUUACAAUCUUUUUCGUGGUUUGUUUACUUGUCUUUCACUACUUAAACAACUAUGAAACUGAUUGUUUUUAAUGGUAGUAGGUUUAAGGGGGCAAUAGUGUUAAACAGAUACCUUGUGGGACCUGGCCACUUGUGUACAAUUGAGAAAAUGAGAUGAUGAAUGUGAUCUGGUUUUAAAUUAGCAAUUGUAGUCAGAAAAAUGAGUUCUAUUAGCUUACUGACUCAGUUUCACAUUGUGGAUACAGUGGUCACUAUCAUCUUUUGUUACAUAUUGACAAUCCUUCCCCAUUUUUUUUUUCUCUUUAAACAUGAGAUAAAUGUUUUUUUGGGUCUAAUGUUGGUAUAUAAAUGAAACUGUGAUAACCUUUUUUAAAUCUUUUACAAUCUUAGCUACUAUUUUUGAGUAUCACAUUUGUUAUAUUUAGCUCUGACUAUAUUAUAGUGAUAGUAUAUUAAUUUGUUAACAUUAAUGUGAGUGUCACUCUAUACAAGACAUGUAAAAUGUAUUUCUAAGUGGAACUUCUCUUUUUUCCUUUAAUGGAAGAUGCAUUUUUCUUAAUAAGAAAGUUGGGUUUUGUGAAGGGAUUUGUUGCUAAUUCCUUUAUCUUCUACAUCUUCAGUGUGACAUGUAAGGGACUUUAUUUAGUUUUACACCCUACCUUUUAAAGCUGUAAUCAAUUCAUAAACAUUCUGCCAAUUUAAUCACAACUUCUAAUAGAAUAACAAGGGGCCAAUGGAAAACAAAGAGUUUUGUAUAUGAGUAGUAUAUGAGUGAUUGUAAUGAUCUGAUGGUAUAAAUCAUAUACUGCAAUUCCAGAUAUUAUUCUGUUUAUUUGACAUCAUGUAUGUAUAAUAGUAAACGACAAUUCAAAACCAAUCCACAGUUUGCUCUUUUUAUAUUAUAAUAAAAGGAGAAAUAAGCUUUUUGAUUUUACACAAACUAACCCAUAGUUCUAUAGUAAAUGCUUUGCUCAUAAAAAAAGAAUGGUCUGUUAUUAACAAUUCAGUAAAUAAAUAAUUAAACAUUUGAUGGUUCAAUUUA